AUGCAGAUGGACUUGCAUACAGAGAAGCCCUCAUAUCCCGCAAAAUCAACGUCGUGGGGGAGAUUCCUCCGUCAUAUGGGGAACGCAACCGAGACUACGAGUUACCCUCUACGUUGGUUGACAGCACCUAUAGAAGUCGAAAAUUCUCUCAGACAUGCAUACCUGAAUAGGAUUCGUGCUGUCGGUCUGGCUACACUCAAAGUUUCUAUGUCAUUCUUCGUCAAUGAAUGGCUCAUUGAUAUGCCGGAGUUGAAGUAUCACGUAUCAAUGCGUUUCAAAACCGAGCCUCUUAGACGGCAAAAGACAAUGCUACGACCUCUCAAUAUAUCAGACCCCGACAUUGUCGUUGGCUAUGACUGGAAAUCGAUACGUGGAGAUUAUAAACUUGCUUUCUAUGAGGUGCCAGACAGUCUCAGGUUCGCGUUCCCUAUAGUCCUGGAUCCACAUUUUGCUUUUCCCUUCUUUUCGAUCGAGAUGAGAAGCGACGCAGAGCAAGGCCCUUCCCGGAACCUCCACUUGGCCGCCUUAAUGCUCAGAGGUCUGGGACACUUCUACCAAAGGGCCUACGGAAAAAACGACGAAGCCGACAAGUUCGACGGGAAGGUACGAGUACUUACGGCUACGAUCAGUCGCAACGAUGUGAACGUAUUCGGACACUGGACGAACGGCGACCCAGGAGAUCCGAACGUUGCUUACGAGCACUUUCUUAUCAGAAAGUGGCGCUUCGAAGAGAAGGAAGAGUUCUAUGCGGCACGACAUGGUUUACAGACGCUCUGCAGGUGGAUGAUGGAAGAGAACCGCAAGUGGAUUGUUUCUUGCAUGCAAGAAUUGGCCAAGGCUUGA